AUGGGUGACUCUAUGCAAGAUGCUAUUAAAGUCCUUCAGAGCAUGAGCCCAAUCUUCGACCCAACGGAAGACUAUCUUAGCAUCGUUAGUGCGGAAGAACAAAUGGGCUCCGUCGCGACUCAACGACAGAAAGAACUCGACGAUGCGAAUAACAAUCUCAAGGACCUCCUGAGAACACUAGACACAGCCCGCGCGGCAUGUACUCGUCCACCAACCGUGGCUUCCGCAGAAGCCCAUGCCGAGUCGCUAAACGCACUCGAUGGUGCUCGGUUAGGAUUCAUGAAGCGAAUCAACGCUACGGAAAGUGCGCUUGCUGAGAAGGAGGCGGCGUUGGCGCGAUUACGGGAGGAAUGUGCGAAGUUGGAGGCGAGUGAUCCUGCGACUGAGCAUGAGUUGGAUGCGUCUACACUGAAACUUACGUUCAUCCGUGGUCUGGGAUUCACCCCCAUUACUGACAAGAAUGGUCAUGUACAGAAAAUCCUCGUUCGAUCACAAUCGGGUGAAGUUCACAGCGUAUCUUUUGACGACGAUAAAUCCAACGAGAAGUAUGCCAACCUGCUGUGGAACUUAGCAUCAUCAUGA